CGUACAUGCAGAUAGCGAAGUAGCGGCCCAAAGCAUAAGCUAAUCUACUCGGUUGUCACCGGCUGUCGCUGCUUGUUACUAGGUUUGCUAUUCAAGACACGUUAUUGGACCUCAUUUAUUUAAACAACCUCUCAUUAGUUACCUAGCAUCAAAGUCUUCAAAGACAUGUUAAAGUGUCUGACUGGUCUCACAAGGCACCAGGCAGCAAGCAAAUUUACCGCAAAGAAAUCUAGAUAUCAUCUGCAACUUGAAUCUCUUAUAAAAAGACCACGAGCGAAUCAUCGCUAUUCUUUUCGUCCUUCUUUUCGGCGGAACAGAGCAGAGCAUUUCUCACCACAACUUCGGAAUACCUACAAAUUCGAAGCUGCCAAUAUUCGACCCAGCUCUAUCUUACAUACAAAAUACUCAAAUAUCCUCUCUAGAGCUCACAGCUCCGCCACAUCCUGCAGCGAACGAGAUGCCGGGCCCAAUGAGUAACCUCGACAUCAUAAAGGAGGCUGAUGCUUUUCCUUACCCAGACAAGGAGCCUGACGCGUACAAGGCUCUUACCGAGACCUUAUACACGUUGGUCUGGAAGGAUGGACAGCCCCUUGGUUAUAUGCUCGAUUCUGUUGUUAAGCAGCUUCUUGCUACGCCGGAGGAGAUCCGUGGACCCAUAACCGUCGAUGAAACUCGGCGCACGGUGCGUGCUUUUGAGCUGCCAACAGAAGCCGAAAGAACUGCGCUUGUAGCUCGAUUAAUGCAGUAUUGGCGGGAAAACCAUACCUUUGAUAUACUCAGGGGAUGGAGAGACGAGUUAUGGCCUGUCUAUGGCAGUAAUGACGAAGUCUUAUACAGCGCCGAGCGCAGUGGAACGGGCCUAUUAGGAAUCAUGCGCUACGGAGUACAUAUGACAGCUUAUGUCAAGGAUGAGACAGCGAGCUACGGUAUGAAGAUUCUGGUGGCUCAACGGGCGGCUAAUAAGUCUACGUAUCCGAGCAUGUUGGACAACUCCGUAGCAGGAGGUCUUAUGACUGGUGAAGACCCGUUCGAGUGUAUAAUCCGAGAAGCGGACGAGGAAGCGGAUUUACCCGAAACUCUUAUGCGCGAGAGGGCCAAGUUUACCGGAAUGGUCACAUAUAUCUACAUCACAGACGAACGGGCAGGUGGUGAAGCUGGUCAGAUUUAUCCCGAGACCCAGUGGGUCUACGAUAUCGAGCUACCUACAGACUUUGCCCCUACGCCCAAGGACGGUGAGGUAGCGGGCUUUUACAUGUGGACGGUCGAAGAGGUACAAGAGAAACUCGCCCAAGGGAAGUUCAAGCCGAACUGCGCUCUCGUCCUGGUUGAUUUCUUCAUCCGCCACAAGAUCCUGACGCCGGAGAACGAGCCUGAUUAUGACGAGAUCGUUAAACGGUUACAUCGCAAACUACCUUUCCCAGGCCCCCACCAAGUUGGUUCAUCGAUCGCAUAAAAGCACUCCCUGAUUGCGCCUCUCUAAUUUUUUGAAUACCCCACCAGCGAUCUAAAUAUCGUCAAAGCAGCACGACUUACUACUAAAAUAGAUAGCCUUAGUUCAUGAAUUUGGCCGCAACCAGCGUCCAUUGGUAUCUCAAGCGUAGCUGUAAUAUGCUAACAUCCAUCUUCUCUGCAUUUCGGCUUUUGAAGUAUUACUCUUAUUAACUCCUGAAUCAGCCGUGGUCUCGCUAAUGGGCGA